AUGAUUAUUGGAGAGAGUGAUCUUUAUCAAUUGAUAUAAUCAAUAAACAAGAGAUCAAUGUUUAAAACAAAGUUUGAUCUUGAGUUUAUUGAUCUAAGUCUUAAAGAUGUGCCAUUUUUUCAUGAUUUAAGAAAAUAAGUAGGAGAAACUCAAUAUUAAUAAAUAUUAAGAGAACUUCAAUAUGAAUGUCAUAUACCUUAUGAGCCAUAGGUUAAUAUAGGUGAUAUGAGCACAAAGUUUUACUUUAUUUUAAGUGGGAAAUUUUUAGUGUUGACUAGAAGUUAUAUUACAUAUUAGGAUAUUGUGAUGAAUGCAGAACUGUAAGAGAUUUAUUUAAAGAUAUUAUAGAUAAAAGAUAUUGACUUAGAGAUUCUCAGAUUUGAUUCCAUAAGGUUAUUUGUACCCUGGAUAACAUUUUGGAGAAUAGGUUAUGAUGUUUGAUCAGUCUCAUACACAAACAAUAUUGCCUUUAGAGAAGUCUCAUUUAAUAGUGAUUAAGAGGGAUGUUUAUAGAAGAAUUAAAGGUAUAUAGAAUAAUAAUAGAUUUUAGAUAUUUAAUCUCGAAAGUAAGAUGCAGAGAAAUUUGCAUUAUUAUCAACAGUUCCUUUGUUUAGCAAAUGGUCAGCUAAGACAUUGAGAUAAUUGCUUUGUGAUAUUAGUGAAAUAAACUUCAUUCCAAAUUAAUUAAUAUAUUAGUAAGGAGAUCAAGUUGAUGCAGUUUAUAUAAUUGUAGAUGGUGAAGUAUAAUUGUAUAGAUAGUACAAUAAGAAUAUUCAUCCAAUCUCAAUUCUAGGAUGUAAGGAAUGUUUUGGAGAUGAUGAAAUCUUAAGUUAAUUUAGAAGUCAUAGUGCUAAGUCUAUAAAUUGUGUUAGACUUUAUAAAAUAUUUAGAAAUAAAUUUUUAGAUCAUAUUCCUAUUCAUUGUGAAGGUAAUAACCUUUCGAAUCUCUAAAGUUUUGCAACGUAAUCAUCUAUAUUGAAUCGUCCAUUUCUCUCCAACAACCAAACUAUGAAUAAAUUUUCUCUGUAUUAAGCCCAGAAUGAAGAAUUAAGAAUAUAUAGAUCUGAAUCAUUAAAAUCAUUCAAUUCACCAGCUAAGGUAUGGCAAAAGGUAAUGAAUAAAAAAAAGGAGAAAAGUAGAACAUAUUAAACUAUUUCAUCAACUCAAUAAGUGAAUGAUUUAUUAAGGAGAAAUUAUAGACAUUCAGAUGAAUCAAUAUAAGUCUAAAAAGUUUUUAAUAGUCAAUCUCCCAAAGUCAAAUUUGUCAAUACUCCUACAUGUAUAGAUGAAAUCACAAAUGAAGGCAAAUAUAGAAUACAUGCAAAUGGUAAAUAUGAUAAAACCAAUUAUCUUAUGGGCUAAAUAAAAUUGAGAUCGAUUACGCAAUCAGUUUGGAAAAAAUAACUUGAUAAAAUAAAAUGA